AUGAAGGUAGAGGAGUUGAUUAUUGACGGGUUCAAGUCUUACGCCACAAGAACGGUUAUUUCUGGGUGGGACUCGCAGUUCAAUGCGAUCACUGGGCUGAAUGGGUCCGGUAAAUCGAACAUUUUGGACGCCAUUUGCUUUGUUUUGGGUAUAUCAAGUAUGACCACGGUGAGAGCGUCCAAUUUGCAGGAUCUGAUCUACAAAAGGGGUCAGGCCGGUGUGACAAAAGCAAGCGUGACUAUAGUGUUUGACAACUCUGACACUGACAAAUCUCCAAUUGGGUUCGAGAAGCUCCCCAGUAUCAGUGUGACCAGGCAGAUCGUGCUGGGAGGCACUUCCAAAUACCUUAUCAAUGGUCACAGAGCACAGCAGCAAACUGUAUUGCAACUUUUUCAAAGCGUUCAGCUGAACAUCAAUAACCCCAAUUUCUUGAUUAUGCAGGGUAAGAUUACCAAGGUGUUGAAUAUGAAGCCAACAGAGAUUCUUUCGCUCAUUGAAGAGGCAGCUGGAACCAAAAUGUAUGAAGAUCGUAGAGAAAAGGCGGAGAAAACCAUGUCCAAGAAGGAUGUCAAGCUACGAGAGAUUCGAUCUCUUUUGGAGGAGGAAAUUACCCCAAAGCUUGAUAAAUUGGCCAAUGAAAGAAGAGUUUUCCUGGAAUUUCAGCAAAUUCAAACAGAUCUGGAGAAAUUGACGCGGGUAGUUGCUGCUCACGAUUAUAAAGACUCUUCAAAGAAAUACGAUCAUCAACGCAGACUCCUCGAUAAGCAAAAAGGUUUAUUGGGAGAGCUGGAGUCAAGUAUUGAACAAUUGGAGAAAGAAUCAAAGUCCAUCCACGAAGAAAUAAAUCGCAUCAAAGAAAAGAGAAAAACCGAGCUCUCCAACAAUGCAUCUGUAAAAGAAUUGGAAAAACAGGAAACUAUCAUCUCCAAUGAGUUGGCUCGGUUGGUAACGUCACAUCAGAUAAAGCUAGAUACUAUAAAAUCAACGAACUCGUUGAAACAAAAGCACAAAUCGCAAAUCAAGCAGAUGGAAACGACAAUUGAAAAGUUGAAAGAAAAAACUACAUUACUUGAAAAAGAAUACCAAAAUUCCAAAGACUCGUUAACGAAACUGAAGCAAAACCACUCAAAGAGGGAGGAUUUGCUUUCUUCAUUAUCUACAGGAAUAUCGUCACAAGGUAUUUCGACUACUGGAUACGCUUCCCAGUUACGAGACGCAAAGAAGAAACACUCUGAUGCUUUACUGUCUCAAGAGCAGCUAAACAUGCAGUCCUUACACCUACAAAAGGAAAUUGAAACUGAAAAAACCGCAGUUCUUGAAGCAGAAAAAGAAAACAAAGUUUUGACGGAUGAAUUAGAACGUAAGGGGCAAGAGUACUGUACAAUAACUCAAAAAUUAAAUGAGCUGGGAUUUCAUCCCUCUAAUAUAACCAAUCUUCAACAGCAGAAGAGCAAAAUUGAACAGCAAAUAUAUAAAGCUACAAAUGAGUUGGAAAACUCUAAACGAAGAGUAGCUAACUUAGAUUUCCAUUUUGCCAAUCCAUCCCCACAAUUUGACCGAAGAUCUGUCAAGGGCACUGUUGCUCAGUUAUUCACUGUUGACGAAAAGAAUAUGAAAUCUGUGUCUGCACUUGAAGUAUGUGCGGGUGGUAAACUCUAUAAUGUUGUUGUUGAUACUCAAGAAACUGCCAGUCAACUUUUGAAGGGGGGGCAGCUAAAGAAGCGAGUAACUUUCAUUCCGUUAAACAAGAUUUCUGCAUACUGCAUUGAUCCACGAAAAGUUCAGCAAGCCAAAGAACUCUGUCCUGGAAAAGUUGAACUAGCAUUGAAUCUCAUUACGUAUGACAAAGAUGUAGAGGCGGCAAUGAAGUUUACGUUUGGUGGGCGUCUUGUUUGUGGUUCAAGAAACAACGUCGGUGUGAUGUUGACCACUGUACAAAAAUGCAAAAACAUUGAGAGAGAAAUUGCUAACAUGAAGAAAGAGCUUUUAGAAAUGAAUGAGAAACAGAAACAACAACAGGGGAUUGUGAAGCAGACGGAGUCUUUACAACAGAAAGCAAACAAGUUGAAACAUGAGAUAUCAUUAGGUAAAAAGAACCAAGAGUCUCAUCACUCCACCAUAACGAUACGGAAAAAUGCACAGAAUAUUAGUCAGCUGGAAGAAAUAAACGAAAAGUUGAACAACCAAAACACUAUAGUUUUAAAAUUGACGGAAGAAAUUGCUCAAAUUGAAAAGGAUAUCCAAGAAUUUGGCUCUGAUAAAUCUUCGAAGUUGAAACAAUUAGCAGAUGAGGUAAAAUCUCUAGCAUCCCAGAUACCAAAAGCUGAAGAGACCAUGAACUUAAAGUAUUCAGACUAUCAACAGUCUUUGCUUGAUUUAGAGAAAAUGAAAGGUGACCUUGAUGAUCUGAAUUCUGGUGUUCAGGAGAAAGACGUUUCUCAGUUGAAUGCUGAAUGCGAUGAAAUAAAACAGCAAAUGACGAAUCAAGAACAAGAACUUGAUAAAGUAAGAGGCAAGUUAGAGGAUGAAAGGCAAAAGCUUCUGAAUCUCAAUGAUGAGUUAGAUGAUCUCAAUAACGAAUUGAGCACCAAGCACAAGCUUAUAAAUGAGAAUAAACUGGAGACCCAGAAGUUAUCCCAUGAAAUUGAAAAGGUCAAGUCCGUCUGCAAGGCAUAUAAACAAACGGUUGAAAACUUGAUUAAAGAAAAUGAGUGGGUUUCGGACUCCAAUAUCGUGGAAAAGUUAAUUGAAGAGAAUCCUAGUAUUAAUGUUCAUGAAUGCUACGAACGAAUAGAUCAGCUAAAGGGUGUAUUUCAGGGUAUGAAACGGAAAGUGAAUUCAAACAUUAUGUCUAUUAUUGAAAACGUGGAAAAGAAAGAGGGAUCUUUGAAGCAGAUGAUUCGAACUAUCGAAAAAGAUAAAGCCAAAAUCGAAGAGACGAUCAACAAGUUGAAUGAAUAUAAAAAAAUCACACUGAUUGAAACUUGGAAGAAAGUGUCAGAGGAUUUUGGAAACAUCUUCAGAGAUCUAUUGCCCAAUUCUUUUGCUAAACUGGUGCCACCCGAGAACAAAGAUGUUACAGAUGGAUUAGAAGUUAAGGUUAUGCUGGGUAAGGUGUGGAAGGAGUCAUUAGUGGAACUCUCUGGAGGUCAAAGGUCGUUGAUUGCAUUAUCAUUAAUUUUGGCAUUGUUGCAAUUUAAACCAGCUCCAAUGUACAUUCUCGAUGAAGUGGACGCAGCUUUGGAUCUAAGUCACACUCAAAAUAUUGGACAUUUAAUCAAAACAAGGUUUAAAGGCUCGCAGUUCAUUGUUGUAUCUUUGAAAGAAGGAAUGUUCACCAAUGCCAACAGAGUGUUUAGAACAAGAUUUCAAGAUGGUACUUCAGUAGUUAGCGCCACCUAG